GGUGUGUGGACAGGUAAAGCUGAAGGUGUAUGGGAGUUUAGUUCCAUACAUAGUUGGUUUAGCAUAAGGACGAUUUAAAUACAUACAUUUUUAUCGUGGCACAUGUGCUUUGCGGAGAGCCGGAGAGAAAUUCUACGCAGCGAUCGAUCAUAUUUCAGAUGUUGCAAUCUCAGAUACGGACCUAACAGACUAAAGUCGACAUUCUCAGGAUAAAAAGGACAACAUGAACAUGAAGAAAACAUAUUCCGGCAUUGCGAGGUCCACCAGCGGCAGGCUGAGGAGGCCAGAGAGAGGAGAGGCAACAAGUCCUACUGGUACUGGUUCUGCACUUAAGAGGUCAUUUGAAGUGGAGGAGGAUACAUCCACAAACCCAUCCCCUCUUUCCCGUAGAACAACCAAUCCUUUGCGCUCCUCCACCUCUUCUGCGAGCAGCCGUUUCCACGACAUGAGAUCGCUCAACUCCGAGUCCACCUCCAGGCACGCUUCAGAUUCCUCGUCCAACCAGCGUUCUCCAAAGUCCAGCCUGAGGCGCGUGGAGUUAUCAGGAGGCCGCGUCCCAGAGUCUGUGUCCCGCAGGACAGAGAUCUCCAUCGACAUCUCCUCCAAGCAAGUGGACAGCUCACCCAGUCCUGGUAUCGCCCGCUUCGGCUUAAAGAGACCUGAGGUCUCGCUCCAGAGUAAAGCCACAGACGGGCCUCUUCAUAGAAGGGCUGAGGGUAACCACAGCAGACCCCAGGAACCUCCAACACCCCCUAGGAGAGCCGACCCACCAGUAUCUGCGACCCGGAUCCCUGAGCUGUCCCAGAGGCGAGCAGAGCCUCCGAGCCCUCUUGAGAGCUCAGCUCCAACUAGACGGGCUGAGAUGCACAUUAACAGACAGCUGGACACACCGUCUCCUGCAAGGGAGUCAGAGAACAGCUUCACCUCCGCAGCCAGCAUCACUCCUACUUUCAAUGAAUACAAAACCCCUCCGUCAGUACAUGAAGCCCCCCUAAGGCCUCUAGAGAGGUCAGAGGUCAUUUCCAGCUACAGCAGCAGUAGCAGCAGCAGUAGCAUCAUGGCAGAGUCUGUUAUACCAGAGAUGCCCCCAGCCAUGUGCCUGGAGAAGCCCAGCGUCGACUUCAGCUAUGUGGGCAUCGAUGCCAUCCUGGAGCAGAUGAGGAGGAAGGCCAUGAAACAGGGCUUUGAGCUCAACAUCAUGGUAGUGGGUCAGAGUGGUUUGGGCAAGUCCACACUGAUGAACACGCUCUUCAAAUCUAAGGUGAGCCGUAAGUCUUUCCUGGGCACAGCUGAGGAAAAGAUUCCCAAAACCAUCGAGAUCAAGUCCAUCAGUCAUGAUAUCGAGGAGAAAGGAGUUCGAAUGAAGCUGACGGUCAUAGACACACCAGGGUUUGGUGACCAGAUCAACAACGAGAAUUGUUGGCAGCCCAUAAUGAAGUUCAUCAAUGACCAGUAUGAGCAGUACUUGCAGGAAGAGAUCAAUAUUGACAGGAAGAAGAGGAUCCCAGACUCACGAGUGCACUGCUGCAUAUACUUCAUACCACCCACAGGACACUGUCUUAGGCCUUUGGAUGUGGAGUUCAUGAGACGUCUUAGUAAGGUGGUGAACAUCGUUCCUGUCAUCGCUAAGGCUGACACCCUGACUCUGGAGGAGAGGGACUUCUUCAAAAAGAAGAUCAGGGAAGAGCUUCGAGCCAAUGGGAUUGACGUCUAUCCACAGAAAGAGUUCGAUGAGGAUGCAGAGGACAGAACAAUCAAUGAGAAAAUAAGAGAGAUGAUUCCUUUCGCUGUAGUAGGAAGUGACCAGGAGUACCAGGUCAAUGGGAGAAGACUAUUGGGAAGGAAAACAAAAUGGGGAACCAUUGAAGUUGAGAAUAUUGCCCACUGUGAGUUUGCCUACCUGCGGGACCUCCUCAUAAGAACCCACAUGCAGAACAUUAAAGACAUCACCAGCAGCAUCCACUACGAGAUGUACCGCGUCCGUCGACUCAACGAGAACAACACCCAUGCCAACGGCCUCGGCGAGCACCACCUGGCCUGCCACGAAAUCUAGCUCCCCAUCCGAACGACCCCUCCGCCCCCGUUCCGCUCUCCUUUCCAAUCCCCAACCCUCCAUUCACCUCGCGCUCUGUCCCGCCCCCUUCCAUCAGCCAUGGACUGAGGUGAAGAGGUCCAUCUAGAGAAGCACAUAAUGACUUUACCUCCCAGAAACUCCAGCACAGUGCCCUUAAACCCUCACGCCCACUGCAUGGGCACUGGAGGGCCAAAGAGGUCAGAAAUACAACUGCUAAAGAGCUUCUCCAUAUACUGCAUGCGUUUGACUCGCUCUGCUGAUGCUCCAGGUCUGUGUCUGUGUGCAGAGGUUGAAUAUGAGGCAGGUUCUGAUUGGUCAAGCGGUGCGAAAAGCUCUUCACAUGCUUCACUCUUCCUUUUGAUUUUUACAGGAGAUUGCUCAGAAGGCUCCUUUUUAUGUGAUUUGUUGAAUGCUCUCUUAAUAUUUAUGCUUAAUUUUGAGCGAGACAGAUAAGAAACAAGGAUGAGUCAUCUUCUGAAACCAGAGCUGAUGUGGCAGCACCAUUAUAAAACUACAGGUUAUCUGAUGUCUUUCCCUCCAAAAUGAAUACUGGUUGCCUACGGCAUUGUGGAGAACCUGGUGUGCCAUUGUUCCUGCUAUUUGUUUUAUCACAUCUGUGCAAAUAAUUACAGGAAAACUGACUCAUUGGAUCCCUGGUACCAUAUAAAAACGGUAAUGAUUGAAAUUACAGCUUUGGGAUUUGUGUUGGAAAGAUUAUCCAAACUGAAUAGUAUUUAUGUCGAUUAAAUGGGAUCGUUAUGUACUUUAUACAAACGAUCUUAUUUAUUGCAGAAUGUGACCUGAACUGGAAAGAGAAUCGCAGUGGGUUCAAUAGGCUUUUAAUGAAUCAUUUAAUUUUGUGUAUAAACCCGGUACACCGUUUUUAUCAGGCAGUAUUCAGUCCCGUUUAUCUUAAACCUUCCAGACCGCCUCGUUCUCUUCCAGUCAUGCCAAAUAUGUGGAAAUCUGCACCAUCUUUUGUCAGUUUAAGUGUCUUGUUUUGUCUUAGCCUCGAGGAAAGGGCCUACAGGAGAGAGAACUCAAAGUGCCUUAAAGCUGCCUGCCACAUCUGAUGAGGAGCCACUUUUAAGAACGGUGCAAUUCCUCAGGCUUUGUUCUUGUCUGCAAGCCCCUUUAUAAAUGCUCGUCAUUGGGAAAAUAUCUUUGUUUUGUCCUGUGCUGUAUAUUCAUAGUGAUUAAAUUUUUGUAUUGGUAUUCAGAGUAACACAAAUAACUUUGAUAUCCUGUUAUUUUAAAGAAAUAAAGAUUUAAAUGCUAAAUAAUUAUUUUGACUUUUUUAUAUAAAUGAUUAAUUGACUCCUAAAUGUGUCUAGACUUUGUAAUUGCACACAUUUUGUGGUAAUGGGAAACAUUUAAUAAUGAGUCCUGUUUUCCACUCCAUGAUUCAUGACUGUUUUUGUGCAGCUUUUUCCAUCUAGGUGCUAAAUUAAAUUGUCAUUCAGGUUAAAUGAACUGCUUUUUAAAGGCAUUUCAUUUUGACAAUCACUUGAAAUUUGCUCUUCUAGAAGUAUGUGAAAAUUCAUCAGAGAUACUAAUUUGGCUUACAGCUAAUUUUAUUUGUAUCUGUAUGAGUACUGAUCAUAUAUAUCACAAUGCUCUUUACCAUGAUGACCAUAUUUAAACAGCCACUUCAUGCAUACAUUUUUUUAUAUAUAUAUAUCGUAAGAUUUACACAACCUCAGACACUUUUAUCUUCUGAGACGAACAAUACACAGUGCAUUAACAUACAGACAUCUGUUUCCACAUCCCACUGAGAGAAAAUGUGGGAAAACGCCUCUCUCACAUAUGCAUCAGUUCCUUUUCAUCCUCUUCCCAUCCUCCCUCCACUUGGUUCACUCAGAAUGGUCAAUAGUAUAAUGUUGUACAUGAAUGCAAGUAAUAUUUACAGCCAUGUUUGGUAUCAUUUGAAUAGUCUCAGGGCGAGUGGUACAAUGGUCUCAAUUUUAUAAAAGUAGACUAAAAGAUAACACAUAUCUUAAGAGUUAAGGGAUAAUUUGAUUACUGUAGAGGGUGUGUCAUUCCAUGCAAAUUACCAUCUGUCCCAAAAGUUGUUAAUUUGGCUUGAUCAAUACAAAUUCAAAUUGUUAGUUUCUGUCUCCAUUUUGGGGAUGUUUUGUCUUGGGCUGAGUACUUAAGGAAAUCUUGCAAGAAGAUCAGGGCGAUUCUGCAGCCAGAAUGAUUUCAUAGUAUGACGUGUGUCCACAUACUAUGUAUUUUUCAAAAAGUC